AUGAGCUUCGCUUCCCUGCUUCCUGGGGGGGGGCGGAGCACGUUUCAACGGGGCCGGAAUUUGCCGGUGGCACGGCACGAUUCUCUUUCCUUCGUCGAGUCCAAAGCUGAUAGGUACAAGGAGAACUACGGCAGACCCAAUUCCUGGAAUGUCGUCAAUGGCGUGCGGAUUGAGCAGAAGGAGGGCUUCUCACAUGACAAGCCAAAGUUUGUCAAGGUGAGCAAGGUCCAAGACGUGUGGCGAAGCGGUUCCCUCCCCGACAGCCAGACGCGCGCCGUCUUUAAGAAUGCUGGUAAAGACAUCCAAUUCCAAGAGCUCCCUGCCUGGGACGCCUUUGACCGCCACGUCUUGCGCUUCAGCGGCUACUUCAAGGAGUCCGUCGUUGAAACCAACCUCGAGAACUUCCGUGUACGGAAGGUGGUGAUCUACUACUACUUGGAGGACGACACCUGCCAGAUUCAGGAGCCCAAGCAAGACAACAGCGGAAUGCCCCAAGGUCAGUUGAUUCGCCGUCAUCGCUUUCCCUCGCUGGAGGGGGGCUACCUGAAGGCAGAGGAGCGGGACAUCCGCGUGGGCUCCGCGCUGCAAAUCUACGGCCGGAGCAUUUUCGUGACGGACUGCGAUCCCUUCACGAGGGAGUACUUCGAGCAGGCCGGUGUGCCACAAGGCCCGCCGGAGCCGGAAGAGACCGAUCCCUUCCAAGAGACGCGCGACGCGAUGAAGAACCAUGCUCCGGUUCAACCACGAACCUAUGAGAAGAUCUACCGAGAGGUCAUGCUGGGUGGUGGCCACAUCAACGCCGACAUGCAACAGUUCUUGGAGAACGACAAGAAGGUGUUGCGCUUCUAUGCGGUGCUGGAUGAUGUGACCACGCCACAGUUCGAACGUCGGCCAUUCACCAUCAUGUUCUUCCUGGCGGAUGACACCAUCGAAAUCCGGGAGCAGUACCCGCUGAACUGCGGCAGGGACAACUUCCCGAUCUUCUUCCGACGGGGAAAGAUGCCGAUGGGCGCCUACAAGGUCGAGGGACCUCAGGCGCAAGCGCGAAAGAAGAACGAGUUCGUGCAUGGCCACGACUUCCGUGUGAACAUGACAGUGCAGCUGUUGGGCACCAACCACUUCUUCCUCUACGACGCGGAUGAGUUCACACGGAAGUAUUUCAUCAACGAGCUGGGCGAAGAGCUGCAGCCACGUGUGGACGUGCGCUUGCCGGAGCGUGCCGUGCCCAGGGCGAAGACCCCGCCCUACACGGGCUACGGCUCCUGGGACGACUCGAUGGGAUCGGUGACGCAUUUGAUCCCCAAGCUGCCCAAGAAGGACCGGUACUCUGGGAAUGCGAAGGGAAGAGUAGACUUCGUGAAGCUCUUCCGACAUGAGGGCAAGGUUCUCCGGUUCAAGGCGAAGUUUGCGAACCCCAAGCCGGAGGAUGCUGACCGGAUCUUCGUUAUGAGCUACUACCUGCAGGAUGAUACUUUCGCCAUCCACGAGCCACCGCAGAGGAAUUUGGGCAUCGUCACGGGUCGCUUCUUGGAGAAAGGCAUCCACAUGAACCAGGUCACGGGAGAGCUCUUCCAGCCCAACGAUCUCAUUCCAGGCAAUAUUGUCAAAGUCUACAACAAUGAGUUCCUGAUUGUGGACAUGGAUGAAUACUCAAAGAAGGUCUUCGAAAACCCGGAUGCCUUGCUGCGAAAGUUCGACUUGGAAGCCGUCCUUCAGAAGUUGAGGGACUCGAUGCGUCAGCAAUACCCACUGGUGCGCGACAUCUUCAGGCGCUUCGAUGGUGACCAUGAUGGAGUCCUCACUGUAGCAGAGUUCCAGCAAGCUUUGGAGAAGUUCGGCUUCCAGCUGGCGCCCGAGGAGAUCCAGCUCGCUUUUCACUCGCUCGCCCGCUUUUGCUGCUGCUUUGGUCGGAUUUGGGACGUCUUGAAGAUCAUGCGGCACUUCGACACGCGCAAGGACGGCCAGGUGAGUUACAACGAGUUCUGCGAUGCCUUGUUGGAUCCCGAUUGGACCACGGUGAUGUUGCACACCAACCAUCCUCUAGAUGACUCUCAUGACCACGCCUACGCGGAGCGCGCGAUGGUCAAGACAGCGGAGCGUGCUGAGACCACUCAGGUGCGCAAGGCGGUUCGAGAGUUGGGCGAUGUGCUCUACAAGAAGCACAACUUCAUCAUCAGAGUCUUGAAGGAAAUGCAACACAUCACCCAUGAGGAUCAUGUCUCGGCUGAGCAGAUCAAAGAUGCUUUGGAACAAGUAGGUCAUUCUUUCCACAUCGAGGACGUGCCUUGGCGUUUUCUUUCGGCCCCCGAAACUCGGACACCGGCCCGGCCGGCCCGAACAUAUGCUGGAGUGGGUUAA